AUUGGGAUGAAAUAAAUGAAAGUCUGUUUAAUGGGGGAAAAAAUCUGAGCAAAGUACCAAAUUAUUUGUAAAACGCGCGUAAAUCAGCAAAAUUCUAUCUAAACUAAAGCAGACAAGGUCAAGCCAAUGUCAUAGUUCGAAACAUGAGAAAAUUACCAAGAGAUUGAAAUAAUUUAAGGCAGUUUUGAAGCGCCACUUAUCCGCUUCGAGAAAAUUCUAAUCAUGGAGAAAAUAGAAUUUCAAGAGGGUUUAAGUGGUUUGACUUCGACUAUUUUACUACGAUUACAAAUUUUUGCAUCUCAGCAAACAAUAUCGCAAAAACAAACGUAUGAGGUGAGUCAAAUUUGUUCUCGAUCAUGUCUUAGCAAUCAUAACUUGGUUUAAAUAUAGAUAAGAAACACCCGAUCUUUAUAAAUAACGAAGCGCAAAGCAAAUUAGUAGGUGCAAAACUUCUUGAUCUACAUAAUGAGAAUAUUGCUUUGUAUUGCUGUUUGCCUAAUGGCAGGGGCUUUGGCCCUCGACAUGCGCCACCUCCGACCCGAGACUCGGUUCAUGAAGCCUCUUGAUGGUCCAGAGAAGUUCACCCUGAGCGAGUGGCAACAGGUUAUGGAAAACAUGAAGCCCAGGGCUGAUGCACCCAUUGUGGACAGGAAGAUGAGGCAGCCCCAGCCAGAUUGCGCUGGUAAAGUUUUUGUCGAUGUUAAAGAGGACGGACGUAUUGUGAAUGGAGCCGUGGCGACCAAAGGCCAGUUUCCCUGGCAGGCGGCCAUAGUCAUCGAUGGUGCCUCCUUCUGCGGAGGAUCCCUCAUUUCAACCACCCGAAUCCUGACCGCCGCCCAUUGCGCUCAGGGCACUUCUUACAGGGUUAUUCUUGGCGCGCAAAACGUUUCAGUUGGGAUUGAAGUUGGCCGAGUAGAAUUUACGACGACCGUUAAACUUGUUCACCCGAGCUACAACCCGACCGUGCUCAACAACGAUCUUGCCAUUCUGACCCUUCCAUCAGCCGUCACCCUAUCAACUUACAUUUCCGUCAUUCGCCUUCCCAGACUCUCGGACGCGUCAAACACAUUCUUGGGAACAUCAGCCACUGUGAGUGGAUGGGGAAAAAUUUCAGAUGCCACCACCAGCAUCACCGAUGUUUUGCGUUACGUUUCCCUCCCAAUUAUUGCCAACACGCAAUGUGCAACAAUUUACGGCACCAGUGUGGUGAUUUCCUCAACCCUUUGCUGCUCAGGAGCGGGUGGACUCUCCACUUGCAACGGUGAUUCAGGAGGUCCUCUAGUUUACACCGAGGCAGAUGGUGUAAAAACGCAAUUGGGCGUAGUUUCCUUUGUUUCCUCCACAGGUUGCGCUUCUGGAAACCCUUCGGGUUACGCCCGAGUGACCAGUUUCCUCAACUGGAUUUCAACCAACACUGGAAUUGUUAUCAGGCCUUGAUAACUAUAAUCGCAAUGUUCAAAUGAAUAAAUUUUAAAAUUUAUGCAAACAUAUUGUAUUUUUAUUAAUGAAUUGUUUCUCACAAUCAGAAACACUUAUUACGUCUCGAACGUUAGUUUUAAAGUUAAUUUAGGAUUCUGAAUUUAACUAAUAGAAAACAAAAAGAAAGACGAAUUAUUUAGAGACCGCCAGUUAAAAAUUUUAUAAAUUGGGCAAUACUUUCAAUAUGCCAAGGACUGAUGAUGGUUUGAAU